GAGAUAAAGACCGACGCGCUGAUUGCAGCCCCUUGGUUGGCGGGGAGGGACGUGACGGGUAGAGGUUUGAUGGGGGAGGGGGGGGGGGGGGGGAGGGAGUUGGCGGCCUCUGCGGCGGCCCCGUCAGACUGGCCCGCGCCAAGGUGUCUCCGUCUAGCGCGAGGUGCGUGUGGCCGCAGCGGGCAAGCCAGAGCCGCUGGACUUCAUGGCAGCCGUCGACCUCGGAGGACGUCGGCCAGCGAGGCACUGCGACAAGGGCAUCUCGGCGAGCGCGGACAGCCUGCUGCUGGAGGGGCUCGCGGGCGACGACAGACGCGCGGCCGCUCGACCAACCAGCGUGUCCAGUGGCAUCGGCUCUCUCGCGACCAGCAGUGGCGCCAGCAGCCGCAGUGGCUCGCCUCUGGGGCCCGCCUCCCCGACGUUGGUGUACCGCGGAAGAGACGUGCUCGACCUUUCAGCGAACCUGUUCGACUCCCGGUGGCGCCUGCAGCCGACAGUGCUGCCCUCCAUGAAUCUCAGGAUGUACUGGGAGAACAGGUCGCAGUAUCACAGACUGAGCGAGCCCGGCACGAGGGAGCUGCUGAGGCAGGAAGAGUGCUGCUUUCCGAAUUGUGCCUUCAGGACGCCAGUUCCCGACUGGGAGUAUUUUAAAACCCUGACAAGUUAAUUUUAUCAUGUAGGUUUUUUUAAAGGCAUGUGUUCUUUUAAGCUGCUCUAAUAGUGUCUUGGCAGCAAGUACUGAGUUAACGCCAAUCAUUUACGGAAAGGUUUUCUUUUUCUGAUAUUUUAUUAAUAAUAUUCUCUAUAUUCUCGAUAUGUAGACACGCCCAUUUUACUCUUGAAAUUUUUUUUAAAUACAAGUAUUAAUGAAAUUGUUAACCUUUCUCUGAAAUUAUUUAUAGUAUUUUUAUAAAGAGUUUUUUUUACAUUUAAUGUUUCUACAAAUAUCAGAUGAAAAUAGAAAAUAUUGAUUUUUUUCUAACAAACAUUUGGUUAAAUGAUUCCUGACAUUUUUUGAAGAUACAAGAUAUCGGUUUUUCUUUGUAUUUUGAACAAAAAAAUUAAGUACAAGCUUGACCAAAAUAAUGCAUUUUGUUUUAAAAAUAACUUUUGUAUUGCCUAGCUUGCAUUUAUGUAAAUAUUGAAACUUUUGUUUGUAUGAUGGAUGUUGAUAUCAAUUCACAAUUUAAAGUAUUUUUUCGGGUUGCUGAAUUUAGAUUAAUUCUGUAUUGGUUUAGAUGCUGAAAAAUCAGCAGAGUUGUUAAAGACAUGUUGUUUGGUUGUUAACUUAAUUAAAUGUGCUUUAGUGUAUGGCGACUGUGGUUGACUAAAAAUAAGCCUGUGAUUCCUGUUUAGAUCUUGUUAGUAACAAAAGUUAACUCUUCGUUCAAGAGAGAAACUAUAGUUUAAGAUGUUACUAAAAUUCUCACGAUGAUUUAUUUACUCAUAAAUGAUUUUUGUGCAAAUAAGUGUUUGGAUAGAAUUUAUUUUAUCUUUGCAAUAUUUAGUUUAGAGGCGUUGUUUUACUAAUGGGAUUAAUAUUUAGUACGUAAAGUGUCUUAGGACUACCUUUGAUGUGAGCUGCAAUUUUUUACUAGAAUUAUUUUCCAUUAGAGUUUGAGUUGGUCGUCCUAAAGAUUGUACAAACUGGAUGCUUUUAAUGUUUUGCAUUCUCAUGUGUUAGAGGAAUAUAUUGUUUUAUUGUUCAUUAAUUGUUUUGUUUAUGUAAUAGUUUUAAAAUUUCGUAAAAAAACUUGUAUUAGUUAUAGUAUUAAAUUUUGACGUGCUGAAAGUUACACAGUGAUUAAAAAGAUUCUUAUUGAAGACUAAAAAGUGUUCACUAUGUGUUUAGAGUCUUGAAUCAUAAAUAAAAUUAUUAUACAUA